AUGGCGCGCCAACCCUCUUCGAAUCUCCUGGACUUUACCUUUCCAUGGGUCCUCAUCGAUGAUAAAGCUCUUCCCUUGACCGAGGAUCGCAAUUCUAACCACUCUUUCGUCAGCUGCACCAUGGCAGCGGAUGAUCUCUACUUUGACCCCGUCAUUGAGGUCUGUUUCGAAUGUGCAUAUCACUUGCCUGUCCCGGCCAAGGAAGCUGGAGAUGAAAUUUACCAAGGCUUGGAUGAUCGUGAUGAACGCGUCGACGAGAACGGACUCCGAUGCUCCCAGUAUGCCUAUGUCGCCUACAUGGCCCGGAACGUGAAAAGUCUCAAAGUGAUUACUGUGGAGCGCACAAGCGACGAUAACAUCGACUUGCAGGAGUUAGGGUUUUCUCAGGCAGUCACUGUGGGAGAUCGGGUCGCUCUUUCCGAGGCAGAACUGAGCAGUCUUAUUCCAAAAGGCUAUGGUCAGAGUCCUGUGCAUAUCCUCCAGAUCAAUGUCGAACACACCCAGACGCCUUUGGUUGCAAAUAUGCACAUCCCAAAACAACUGGGCGAGCAGAAUGCCAGAUGA